ACGGCCACGGAGUCGGUGACGGUCAAGCGAGAGUGAGAGAGUGAGAGCGAGAGAUGAUCCUCUUCAGAGCGAGCUCGCUCUUCGGCUUCCUAAUCUUGGUCAGCGGAUUCCGGGAGUACGGGAGGCCAGAGCUGAUCGAUCUGCGGGAGGAGGUACGGUCCAUGUUCGAUUACGCCUACUCCGGCUACCUGAUGCACGCCUAUCCGUACGACGAGCUGCGUUCCCUGAGCUGCGACGGCUUUGACACCUGGGGCAGCUUCUCCCUGACCCUGAUUGACGCCCUGGACACGCUCGCGGUCAUGGGCAACUUCUCAGAGUUCCGGCGCGUCGCCGAGCUGAUCAGCAUGCGGGUGAACUUCGAAGCCAACAUCAACGUGUCGGUGUUUGAGACGAACAUACGGGUGGUCGGUGGGCUGUUGAGCGCCCACCUGUUGUCGCGCAAAGCCGGCGUUAAACUCGAGCCCGGCUGGCCAUGCAACGGCCCGUUACUGCGCCUUGCCGAGGACAUGGCCAAGAGGCUGAUCGCCGCGUUCGAUACGCCCACGGGGAUGCCGUAUGGCACAGUCAAUCUCAAGUACGGCGUGCCGGAAGGUGAAACCAGCAUCACGUGCACCGCUGGCAUUGGCACCUUCCUGUUGGAAUUCGGCACCCUCUCCAGGCUGACCGGUGAUCCACUGUACGAGGAAGUGGCUAUGAACGCCAUAAAAGCGCUGCACUACUACAAAUCCAACAUCGGCCUAGUUGGCAAUCAUAUAGAUGUCCUAACUGGCCAUUGGACCGCUCAGGAUUCUGGUAUUGGCGCCGGAGUGGAUUCCUACUUCGAGUACCUGGCGAAGGGUACGCUGUUGUUUCAGGAUCCCCUGCUGGCCUCGAUAUUCCAAGAGCAUAGGCGGGCUAUAGAGAAGUACAUUCGUCGAGAGGAUUGGCAUCUGUGGGUCUCCAUGACCAAGGGUCAAGUGACUCUGCCAGUCUUUCAGUCCCUAGACGCGUACUGGCCUGGCGUGUUGAGCCUCUUUGGCGAGAUCGGGGAUGCGAUGAAGUCCUUGCACAAUUACCAUCGCGUAUGGAAGCAGUUUGGAUUCACCCCGGAAUUCUAUAAUAUACCGCAGGCCGAGGCGGGGACCAACAGGGAGGGCUAUCCACUGAGGCCCGAGCUCAUAGAGUCUGUCAUGUAUCUUUACAGGGCGACCAGGGAUCCGUAUCUGAUCCAGGUAGGAGUAGACAUUCUGAGGAGCCUGCAGCACAGCGCGAAGACUACAUGCGGCUACGCGACCAUCAAUGACGUCCGGGACCAUCGCAAGGCGGACCGAAUGGAAUCCUUCUUCCUCGCGGAGACCACUAAGUACCUGUACCUUCUCUUCGACAUUGACAACUUUAUUCACAACACUGGCUCCGAGGGUGAGAUAAUCAACACUCAGUGGGGUCAGUGCGUGGUGGACGCCGGUGGAUAUAUCUUCAACACCGAGGCCCAUCCGAUCGAUCCCGGCGCUCUUUAUUGUUGCCAUCCGGCGCAGGAAAUCUUUCCGGACAAGAGGCCGAUCCUGAAGAGAUUCCUCCCGACGCAGGACCCAUUGAUGGAUGACACGUCGACGAACGAGCCUCACCACGAGAAAGAUACCGCUAACAAGAAUUCAGAUAUGCUGCCAAUCACGAUAGUGAAGCUGUCCGAGAUCAGGCACUCUGCGAGCGAAAAGAAGGAUGCUUUCAAUGAGAGUGCCUCUUCGUCGACGAACAGUUCGUCGAUGAGUCCGCCGACGGAUUCCGUCGAGCAUGAGGAAAACGCGAAGGUCGAGGAAGCGGAGAAGUCGAAUAGAAGCGCGAGCUCGAGCGUUCGUUUGCCGACGACGCAGGUGCUCGCGCCCUCGUCGACGAUCUAUAAGGCCGACGAUAGCGACGGUCCCGAUGGUUUCGAGUCUCCGAUACUGUCGAACGAACAAUACUCCACCAACGCCAGGCUCAGAGCGACGGAGGCCGGCGCGCAACGAAAUGCUACUCCGAGUCCCGCCAAGGCGAGAUUCGAGCCGCAGAUAAUGCUGGAGAACAUCAGACGCGGCAAUCUCUAUCCGACCAACGUCACAGCGAGACAGAACUAUCAGAUCCUAUCCUGUCAAGCUCAACCAUUCCUACAACGAAUGUCGAUCAUAGGAGAAUUUUUCUAAGACUAACGCGCCAGGAAGGACGCUCCGAGGAAUCUAAUUUCUGGAAAUCUGUUACGGAGACUCUCAAAGUAUUUUUGAUUCGCGCUGUGUCUUUGUUACAAGAAUGGAAUUCUACGCGGACCUCUGUGUCUCGCGUACGUUGUACUUUAGGAUAUAUUCCUGUGAUAUAUAUAAUAAUUGUUGUUGUAUAGUUUCUAAUAAAUAUAAGAUAUUGCAAGUA